UGGGACCUCACGUGAAACAACAUCACCAACAUGGCGAUCAAAAUGUCAACUGUAUGUUGUCAUUUGGUAAUUGUGUACCUUCUUGUUGUCGAAGGAACUCCUAAUGUGCAUAAAUUUGAAAUGAGUGAUGAUUCGAAAAUAGAAGAUUCAUUGUCAAGGUUUAGAAGAUCGUCGGAAAGGAACAGACGAAGUAUCGAUGCGAAAUGCACUGAACAAGAAAACAAUUUUCUGCAAGAUAUCCUGUCAAAAAGUGUUCCAUGGGAAGAAAAAAAAGUUUUUGAUACAGAUUCAAGCAGUAGCAUGGCAUUAGCAUGGGCUGGAGAACAAGGGGGUAUAAUGGUGGUUACCUCAAAGUUGAGUCCAAGUGGCCUUACAGAGUCCUCGAACGUCUAUAAAAGCAUUGAUUAUGGCAAAACAUUUAAAAAGGUGGAAAAGUUAGACAACGCUAAAGUGAGGAAGCACAAUGGGCUACAGAGGAAUCCACACAAUGCUAAAAAGCUUUACCUGGUUGGUGACCACCUCAGCAACUCCUCGCUAUUGUACAUCACAGAGGACGGAGGUGAGAACUUCAAAACCGUCACACUGCCCUUCCUCCUCAGUGGUGAAAUCACAUUUCACUCCCAGAAAGCGUAUGAUAACUACCUCAUUGUCAAGGAAGUGAUUUACGGAACAAAUGCAAAGAAUAAGCAGUUAAUGAACCUGUAUAUUAGUACAGACAAUGGGUACCACUGGUCUAAAGUGGCCGACUAUGUGGAGUCCUUCAAGUGGGGAGGUUACGUUUCUGAGCCGGGUGAAACUAUCUAUGCUUCAGUCGAUCCCAAAAGAACUCAUCCAUUUUUUGCUGCUUUUUACCAGGUGGUAUAUGAAUUAAGGAAGUCGACCGAUGCUGGUAAGACCUGGAAGCCCAUCAUGAAGAACGUAAUGUCGUUUGGACAUCAGGGGAAAUUCCUGUAUGCCUCUGUACUUCAAAAGGUUGGACAGUCCAACACACGCCUAAUGAAGGUGUCCCCUGAUGGUGGUACGACUUGGUUUGAGGCCCAGCUUCCGACACUAGACUCAGACAUGUUUUACUCGGUCAUGGACAUGGAAGAGGAUCUAGUCUUCAUGCAUGUGGAUGAUCCAGGAGACACUGGUCACGGUACACUGUACACAUCAGGAGGGAAGGGAGUGAUCUACUCGCGCUCCCUGGAGAAACACUUGUACCCCAACUACGGGGACACCACUGACUUCUACAGGAUGGACUCUAUGCGGGGAGUCUAUAUUGCCAGUCAGAUGAGUGCGGAUGACAGUAUCCACUCCAUGAUCACCUAUAACCAGGGGGGGAGCUGGCAGCCUAUCCCACGCCCAGAGGGGGGUAGUUGUAAAGAUGAGAAAAAGGAUUGUAACCUACAGAUACAUGGUACCUACAGCAUUACCCGAGGAAUCCUCGCCCAGUCUCCGAUCAGUGUGUCUAGUGCCAUCGGCGUGGCCAUGGUACAUGGACAUAUAGCUGAUGCCCUUCAGACAACACACCCAGAUGUCUACAUCACACGAGACGGAGGAUACAAGUGGAUCAAGGCCCUGGACGGACCCCAUCACUACCACAUAGCAGACAGUGGCAGCCUGCUGGUGGCUGUACCGUCAGACACAGACAAACCCAAGGUCAUCAAGUUUUCCACGGAUGAGGGACGCUGCUGGCACUCCUACACAUUCAUCAAGAACGACACGGAGGCAAUCAAGUUUACUGGUCUGCUGACCGAACCUGGCUCUACCUCCAUGACUGUGUCUAUCUGGGGCUAUCACCCAGACAACAGGAAGUGGACCGCCUACGUGUUUGACUUUCAAAGUAUCCUCAAGCAACAGUGCACGAGCAAUGAUUAUGAGGAAUGGCUUGCACAUGAAACUGUGCGCAAAUACGAAAGUGAAUCAAUGAAGGGCUGUCUACUGGGAGAAAAAGAGAUGUUCAAAAGAUUAAAACCAGAUUCAUGGUGUCACAAUGGCUAUGAUUACGUAGUAGAAAAAGAUGUCCAACCGUGUACCUGUUCCCGGGAAGAUUUUGAAUGUGACUAUGGCUAUUAUCGACCUGUUGGUGGACUAGACUGUCUCCGUAACAGGUCUAUGACUAUCUUAGAUAUAUGUAUGCAAGGAAGGGAGGAGGAAAUUAUCACAGAGGGAUUCAGAAAGAUUCCUGGAGACGUAUGUAAAAAUGGUUUUUCUCCCAGCGGGAAAGUGAUAAACCUCAGUAAACAUUGUAAAGAAGGAGACAAGUCGUUAAUAGACAUCGGAACCCCAGUGGAAAAGAAGGGCACCAAUGGAACGGUGGUGGCGGCCAUUGUUUUGAUGGUCAUCCUUAUCGUGGUUCUUAUGUCUAUCUACUUCGGAUACAAACUCUGGAUGAUUCGAAAACACCGUGUGGUAUACCGUUACUCCCUGCUGAACCAGUCUGAGGCAGGAGAUUAUGACAACGAGUUUGAAAAUGCCCUAUCUCCCAAGUCUGUUGUCUACCAAGACUCUUCCGAUGAUGAGGAGUUGAAUUCCCCAGCAGUGAAGAAAGAUGUUACCAAGAAAAAGUCACAUAGUGGUUCCUCUAACUCCAAAACCGGGAACGGCCAUGUAUUCAAAUCUUACCAUGACGACUCAGAUGUAGACAUGAUUGACUGAAGAAGGACUGUGAUAGACUUCGCUAUUUCCAAGAGGAGCUACAUUCCAGUAAUCAUGUGAUAGGCGGGGGCGGUAACCGGAAAUGAGUUUCGGACAGUUGCGUCCAUUACCACUGUACCCAAACCGACCAUUUUAUUGUCAAAUCUUCAUCUCAUUAAAGCUUAUUUGCUAAAGGUCGAAGCACAUAUCUCAUUACAAGCUUUUUAUCAGGUACAUCUUCAGGAACAGUUCUUUGUCUCAUUGGUGUUGUGUAAAACAAUACUCACCCAGUCACAGAUCAGGUUGGAAGGUCACUGCAUAAUAUAUAAUUUUGAAUGGAGGAGUUUUAGAAAAGCAGGUUUUAUUAUUUCGUACCGAAAAUAUCUAUGUAAAAGAACAGAAUUCCAAUAGCAAGGCUGUGAACUGAUAUUCAAACUGGGCAAUCAUUUAUUUUUAUUCAAGAAAUGUCUUGUAUGUGGUAAUGCUAUUGCAGUCUUACUGUACCCUAUUGUUAUCACUGACAAACCCAUGUUUGUCAUUAAGACCACACCUUAGUUAGCAGAUUUUAUCUGAAGUUGUGAAGGUCUUAUAUGUAAACAAACUGCGGUCAGUAUAAAUAUCAGAAGUACAGUGCUCCUUUGAGGCUCUUUCUAGGGACAGGCCCCUCUGGGGUUAACACAGGUAAGGCACACUAUUUCAGUUCUCUGUUAAAAGGGUACAGUGGUUGUGGACGGGAAGUGUUGUUCUUCAGAACAAACCAGCUAUCUGUGAUCCACAGACUGUUUCAUUUCUGUUUAAUAUUUUGUUGUGGGUUUGUAAAUUCAUGUUUUGUUUGAACUGUUUACAGUCCAAUUUGACCUUUGUAACCACAGAAUUAUAUGUAGCUGUAUACCAUUUCUUAUGUUUUACCAAAUAUGUACAAAUAUGUGCUAUAUGAAGUUGGCCAUAAUAAUCCAGGGACUGCCUCCCACAACUAAAAUGUGUUUCUUACUGAUCAAGCCCAUACUAAAAUCUAGAAAACCAUUUUGUGCUUAUAUAAUGGCAGGAGCCUGAAAAUAUUGGACAGAAUAAUGGUUUCUAAAUUUUGAUACAUGAUACUUAAACAGUCAUUGAUAGAUGUAAUCAAUGGUUGUUUAGGUGACACCAGCUUAAAUGGUAAAACGAUUAAUUCCUUUACUAAACAUUCUUGAAAUGACUUUUGUGCCAUUCAAAUCCUGGACAACAUGACAUAACAUGUGAUUUUAUGCAGUUUCCUUUUAUUUGUGACCUUGACCUCAUAGUGGUCUAGCCACGGCUGCUUUAGUUGUGUGAGACCUGAAUACAACUUGUGAGUUAAAUUCUCAAGGAUUAAGAUACAUGUAUGUUCAUUUUGACACAUAAUCGCUUUACUUCCAUGUUGUACAAGGGACAUAUAUAUGUCCCAUUAUUUGAUCAACUUUUGUGUGUGUUGUUGUUGUUUUCUGUUUAAUGUGUCUUGUUUCUGAUUUUGAUCUCAUGCCUUUCUAGUUUCAAUCUUACAUUGCCUCAGCUCUGGAUGUAGGCUGAUGCCAUGUGUUGUUGGGUAUAUCUCCUGGUGUCAUCAAAC